AUGAUCGUCUUCUGCUAUGGUUAUACUUCUUUCGCACCUUGGUCCGUUAGCGACUUCUUUAUCUACUACACACUUUUAUUACUUGCUCCCAUCACCUACUUCGGCUGGAAACUCGUCAAGCGCACGCGACUCCUCAAGCCUCUUGAAGUCGACCUUGUCUGGGAACGCCCCAUCAUUGACAACUAUGAGAUGACAUUUAUCGAUCCUCCACAAAGCUUCUGGUCCGAGAUGCUUGGCCCUCUCAUGUUCUGGAAGCAUUCAAAGGGCAGUGACAAACAGAUGAACCUCGAGGGAUGA